GAAAGGUGAUGAAUAUCAUCAUCAUGUGUCAGUUGUGGUGUUGAUAUUGAUGAGAGGCUUAUUGGCAAAUGGUGGUGCUGCUAAAUAUACAGCAAUGUACGUAUUCGGAGAUUCACUAACAGACCCUGGAAACAACAAGUAUUUUGUGGACAGUACAGCAAAAGCCGACUACCUGCCUUAUGGUAUGGAUUUUAGUGAAGGGCCUACCGGCAGAUUCUGCAACGGCAAACUCAUCGUAGACUUCCUUGCCGAGAUGGUGGGGCUUCCUAUGCUUCCAUCGUAUGUAGAUGUUAUUGUGAAAGGCGCCAGCACUGCAGCAGGAGUCAACUAUGCUUCAGCCGGCGCAGGAAUUCUUGGCGACACAGGAUACCGCUUUGGGCGCGUAGUCCCUCUAAGCCAACAGAUCCGCAACUUGAAGAAAACGGUGGAUGAGCUCCGAAUGCAAGAGAAUGAAGUGAGCAAUUAUUUGGCAAGGGCGUUGGUGUUCCUGGAUAUUGGAGCUAAUGAUUACCUUAAUAACUACUUGCAACCCGACUACUACGCAAGCAGCCACAUCUACAAUAUCACAGAGUUUGUUGAUCUUCUUGUAAACCGCUACACAGACCAUAUAUUGGAAAUCCAUGGUAUGGGGCUGAGAAAGUUCAUGAUAGCAGAUGCUUCACCAAUAGGUUGCGGGCCUCUAAGAAUUCGGAAUAAAGUGUGCGACGACAGCUUGAACAAGAUGGUGGGAAUGUUGAAUAGGCGGCUCAAACCUCUGGUGCACCACCUCAACUCCAACUACCCCGGCUCUCAAUUCAUGUACGCCCCAUCAUUUCAAGUCUUCACGCAGUUGUUCCACAAUGCUGCGGCCUACGGGUUCAAGGUGAAGGACGAAGCUUGUUGUGGGGAGAAUGGUAAUGGGAAAGGAACGAAACCUCUGUGUUACAAAGAUACAGUGCCGUGUCCGAAUAGAGAUGAGUACCUCUUCUGGGAUGCUGCUCAUCCUUCUGAAGCCGCCAAUCGGAUUCUUGCUCACCUCAUUUACAACGCCACCUUAUAACUCACCUCUCGCACACACACACUUGAUUAUAUCAAAAUUAAUAAUCAACAAUUUGAGUGAUCCAUAUGCAUAUGAUAUAAGAAUAAAAUGUACUAGCUUAGGGGCCAAAUGAUCUUUUCGUAGCUAACUAUUACCAGGCUUUAUCAUUUCUUUUCAAUGUAAGUGGUUGUCGAUUAAAUUUUUACCUAAUCAUUAAGUAUUGCAUAAAGCUCA